AUUUCUUAUAUGUGGGACAUGGAAUGUCCUCCAAUUAUGGAAUGACCCACAUAAUGAACACAGUAUUUCUAAAAUCAUUGCUACCUGCCGGAUGGAGGAAACGACAGCAGUAACGCUAUACCAUUCUCAGUAGGCAUUUACAAUUACAGUAUUAACGUCGGCUACCCUUAUCACAACCAGUGUCCUAUUUCAAAAUAUAAACAAACGUAACGUGCGCGCUGUAUUCUCCACCCCUUUCGACAAAGCAGAUCGGAGCAGUUUCCUGUCUCCGCCAAUCACCGUGUGUCUGCAGAGUACACCACGCCCUCUGUUCUCAGUGUGUACUCAGAGCAUGGAACAUUUUGUCUAUGAGGGUAAACUAGUCCCUACAGCUGGACAGACAGUGGCACUGUACUAGCUUUGUCAUUAUCAACAGCAAAAAGCUCCACACUGUUGACAGGCUGGCGUUUAACCUCCCCAAACAUCAACCAGGCAGACGUGAGGACGUCAAACUGUAUUAGUUCUCAGUUUAAGUAAUGAAAGAUAAACACGUCCUCCCUUCAUGCUUACUUUCAACAAAAAAGAAGUUAUGGAUAUUUGCGACGGGAAGAAGAGGAGACAGGUAAGCGGCGGUGUGCGUGGCUGCAGGCGGAGCGUGGCCGUAAAGAUGAAACGGGAGGUGGGUAAAGUCCUCCGCUCGCUAACGGUGGGGAACAACAAUCGCACGGAGCCCAUGGAGGAAGAAGAGGAGGAUGACUGCUUCUCCAUUAGCUUCAUCCGGAGUGACCGGCUGGAGCCCGCCGUGGCGAUGUCUCCACGUUACAGCUUGCUCCGGGAGGUCGGACGGGGAAGCUACGGGGUGGUGUAUGAGGCUAUAGCCCGGAAAACAGGGGCCAGGGUGGCGGUGAAAAGGCUCCAAUGCGACGCCCCGGAAAACGUAGAACUAGCUCUGGCCGAGUUCUGGGCUCUGACGAGCCUGGAGAACCGUCACCAGAAUGUGGUGCAGCUAGAGGAGUGUGUCCUGCAGAGGAAGGGCCUGGCUCAGAAAAUUAGCCAUGGAAACAAGAGGUCCAAACAGUACCUGCGCCUGGUGGAGACAUCACUCAAAGGGGAGCGCAUCUUGGGAUACCCAGAGGAGCCGUGCUACCUGUGGUUCGUCAUGGAGUUUUGCGAGGGCGGGGACCUCAACCAGUACAUCUUGUCCCGCCGGCCAGACCCCCACACCAACAGGAGCUUCAUGCGCCAGCUGACAAGUGCUGUAGCUUUCUUACACAAGAACAACAUCGUCCAUCGUGAUCUGAAGCCAGACAACAUUCUCAUCUCACAGAAAUCUGGUUCACCUGUUCUCAAAGUGGCCGACUUUGGCCUCAGUAAAGUUUGUGCUGGCCUGAACUCCAAGAACAGUGAAGUGCACCCUACAGCAGGAGCGGGUGGCAGAGGCAGCAACCAGAACAACAUAAUCAACAUAAACAAGUUCUGGUUGUCUUCAGCUUGUGGCUCUGACUUCUACAUGGCCCCCGAGGUGUGGGAGGGCCACUACACAGCAAAGGCUGAUAUCUUCGCCCUGGGCAUCAUCAUUUGGGCAAUGAUCGAGCGGAUCACUUUCAUUGACGCAGAGUCCAAGCGUGAACUGCUGGGCACCUACAUACGGCAGGGCACAGAGAUUGUACCUGUCGGGGAGGCUCUGUUGGAGAACCCAAAGAUGGUUCUCCACAUCCCUCAGAAAGCCAGGAGCUGCAUGUCUGAAGGGGUGAAGAAACUUCUCCAGGACAUGCUUGCAGUCAACCCUCAGGACCGACCAGACGCCUUCCAGCUGGAGGUGCGGAUGGACCAAGUCACGUGUGCUGCGUGACUGCCCCCACUUCUCCAAAACCUCUCCUUUUUUACCCUUACCAGUCAAAGAAGGGACCCUUUUCCUUCCCAGCUUUGUUUACUACAUGGACGUGGACUCCAAUGGAAGAAGGAACAUUGACAAACUGAACUGUGAAGAUUCCACAAUCAUGAUUUGAGCGGGAAGUGGAACUGGCUAAUGAUUCCAAAACUUGUAUGUAUGCAAACCAGACAACAACAUUUCCAGCACCAUCCAGUUACAACGACGGUUACAAUGGAGCUGUUUAACAGGUGGAUAAUGUCAGUGUCUGAGUUGACUUGAUGUGACAACCAGGUUUAUGAUUUUGUUGUUUUAUAUUUUUUACAUUUUCUUUCCAACAGCCCCAGUAUAGGCCCGCUCCUCCUUAACAUUUGUAACGUAAUUAGCUGUGGCACGGGUAAGGUACUGGACUGCACCAGUAUCUUAAGGUCAAAGCAUCAUUUCACCCAUGACAUUAUGUGAAUAACUACCAGUCUGUCUUUGCUACGCUGACCUGUACAACUUCGUGCCUUAAAGAUGAGUCACACCAAGCGCGAUUGGAUGAUGAAAUAAAUGAUUUUGUAGGUUACAUUGGAAACUUGCACACCAAGACAGAAAUUUCAUGAGGCUGGAACCACUUUUGUUCUAUGCAGGUUUCUGUCUGCAGAAAUGCAAUUAACCAAUGGAAUAUUUUCACCUUCAAUGAUGUCACACUUUCUUAACAGUUUUCCAGGCUGCAAUAAUGAGAAUGUAAUCAUUUGGUGGCCCCUUUACUCAAAAGCUCAAGUGCAGCCAUGAUGCUGAAGCUGAAAUAUACAAAACUUAAACUGAAAUUAUGAUAUUAUUAUCAAAGUGUUUGCACGCUCAUUGUAAGAAGGUUGAAAAUGAUAUUUCAUAAAUCUAUGCCGCACGCCGGAGACCGAGGCAGAUAAAACGUGGAUAUGAGUGACGUUUAUAAUGUUUUAAAGGCGUUUCAAGCAGGGAAUUUAGAUUGUGUUUUUAUUCAUGUUGAAUCCUAAGAGAUUGGACUAAUUGCAAAUCUGUAUGUCAUCUCUGCAAAGUAUGAACAUAUUUUCUCAAUCAACUUACAAUCAUAACAAUCAUGAUCAUUUGAUGGGUUUAUGGCUGUAUGAUCAUUUGUACUGAAUGUUUUUUACAUUGAGGUUAAGUGUGGUAUUUUAUGAGUGGAAUACCACUUUAAAUACAGUUCAAGAUAUCAAGUCAAUGCAAUGCAAUCAUCUUUCAUUCAGAGAUACUGAGCAUUGUUCUGUACUCUACCCAGAGAGGUGUCUGAUCGGUGUGAAGUGAAUAGUGUUUAAUGGGUCAUUCUACACGAACAGCCUGACUGAUAUUUAGACAUCUGUGGCUGAACCUUUCUUGAGUAUCUGAUUAGGAGACUUUCACAGGAAAUUUGAAGAUUUACCAUCUGGAAAUAAUCCCCAAAAGCAGCCAUGUGAUACACAUUCUAACUCUCUUUCUUCCUUCCCCUCUUUACGGACAUGUUUCAAACUCUUUGCCGUGACACGUAAUGCUGAGUAGAACACUUUCAGCUUAGCUGUUGGUUGCAGCCACUAUUUAUGUUGUGAGAAAAUUAUGGUUAAUGUGUGCUGUGAUUGAAUGAAAACUGAUCACUACAUGUGCACCCUGGGGUUAAACAAGAAUAUAAAGCCAUAUGACUGAUCCACAGGUGAGAUGGUACUUGAAGCAACUAGGAUUUCCAGGAAGAUAGAAAGAACAAGAUGCAAAAGUUCAAAUGCACAAAAUGAUUGAAACACAGACGAGAGGAAUGACAAAAACCUCCUUUUGGUUUUAUAGCGCUGCUUAACAUUUGGGUUCCCUUCAGUGACUCAGCAGUAGUAGUACAUUUUAAGGUGUUUUGUAGUGUGGCCCUACCUCAUUCUCAGCACUUUGAAACAUCUCAUGUACCUUCACAGUUGACUUUUCUCAUUAACUUUGUCUUGGUGUCUGAUAAAAGGGAAACUUGGGGAUUUUUACCUCAGACUCAGUUUCCCCAUUCUUGAACUAACCUUUUGACUGGCUUCUCUGUGUAGUGUUUUGCCUAGUUACACGUAACACCUAGCUUUUCCCUUUUAUAAUGACUACAUCUGCAACAUCUGUUAACGUCUCUCUUAAUGGCUGUAUUACAGAGAUAGUCCACAAUUGUUUGUUGUUUGCAUUCAACAACAACAGCUCCUGUAAGGCUUUAUUCGUGCCCGAAGGUCUCUAAGCAUGAAGGCGUGUUUAAAACAAAUGAUUUCGGUUGAGAGUACAACCAUGUUUGAAGUCAAAAGGAUUUCUCGCUGUUCGUUGGUCGUGUCUAGAUGGUAACUCUCAAUUUGCGAAAAUCUCGCAAAAUGGUUGAGGUUAGGCUUUGACCUUGAAUGGUUAAGUUUAGAAUAGGUCGUUGGGCAGCAAGUCUCGCAAGAGUUUUCGCAAAGUUUUGCAAGCAGAGACUUACCAUCUAGACAUGACCCUUAAAAUUGCCGCUUAUCCUGAAAGUGUAGGACUCCAGGAUUUUACAGAGAUGCAGGAGCGAUUAUGAUUAAAGUGCAACAACAAUUAGUUUGUUAUUUAGCUGUUGUUAAAACAUGAAGAUGUUCAAUUUGGAAUGAGACUUCUAUUUUUAACUUUUUGCUAGUGUAGCACAGAAAAUCUGUUGUUUACUCUUUCUAAUCUCUGAACUGCUAUGCAGUGCUCAAUAUACAUACGUUUCUUUAAGCAUUAAACCUAACAAACAUACUGCAUAUACAAACUGUAUAUGACAUUGCUGUGGUAAUAAGCUAACUGAGGAUCUUUACAACUAAAUCAUCACUACUAAAACUGUCCACUUGCCCUGCUGUCACUGUAUUUUCUGUAUAAACCAUUUAAUUUAGCUCUUUUCGGACUAGCAAUGAUUCCACUUGAAAAUAUAAACACUUUACACUAUGCAAAAUGUUUCACUGCCUCACUGUAAACACCGUACAGAGCCACACCGUUCUCAAACAAUUGUGUGUAAUAUCUUGAAUCUUUUCUCUUAGUGCAUAUUUCAGAGAUGUUUGUUGUGGUAAAUAAGAACUUGUUUUUGUAAAUGAAGCUGACCCGAGCCAUUCGAUGUUUGAGAAAGCAUCAUGUUUUUUUGCUGUAAAUAUGUUUAACAAUUUUUCUUGGCAUAAAUGAUCAAAACUA